AUGACAUUCAAAGUCGACCAACUAAAGAGUAUAACAGCUAAUGACCCUGAACAUCUAAGACAAAUGGAGAAUCAGAUCCAGCAAGAAUUUAGGGAAUUAGUUAGAAAUUAUCUCGAGAAAAGAGUCAAUAAGGUGAAUGCUAUGAUGAAAAAUAUUGAUAGUUCCAUCAAAGAGUUACAACAAAAUGAUAAUCAGUGGGAGAAGGUUUUUAAAUUCGAGAAUGAAGCUAUUGAUUCCAUGAAAUCCAAUCUGGAACUUCUCCUUAAUGGUGGUGGUAUCAAAGACUAUCUGCUGUAUGAACAAGAAAUUAACGAAAUAAUUACCAACAUAUCAAACCCUAAAACUUUCGAUAACAUUUUGAAUGAAUCUAAUAAAUUAGAGUUUGAUAACUUCUUCAAGCCAUCAUUGGAGAAUUCUAAUCAGGAAAUCGACAUGGUGUUUAAUGAAAGUCAAUAUCAAAAAAGUCUCGUCCACAAGAACUUGGAGAAGAAUAAAAAUAUUAUAUGGUUACAGUAUAGGGAGAAGUUAAUGGCGGAGAAGGAAAGAUUGAUUGAAGAGAGUUUGAAAGAAUUGCAUGAUUUGAAUAAAAGCUAUCAUCGUGAAGAUAUCACUAAAGAUUAUGAGCAAGAUUGGGACCAUUAUCAUAAAUCUUUGCUUUCAAUCAAUGAUUUGAAACAUGACAAUCCUAAUUAUAAUAUUUAUGAGUUAACAAACAUCAGAAGGAACAUAAUUUCCAGAUUAGGUGAUAACAAACUCUCCCAACUUGAAAGUUUAAGUGAAAUUGAAACGAAUAAUGAUUUGAAAAUGAUGAGAGGUGAGUUAAAACCUGUUGAAGAUGUCGAUGGAGAGUUCCAGAAUCAAUACAAUGAAUUACUCUCCACUGAAGUGAUGGAAUUACCAACGAUACCGCCAAUAGAAAGUUUUGCCAAUAGUUAG